GGUCGACGGCACUUUAAUGUACGACUGGUGAAACAAGAACAGGCCUACAGGUCUGUACGUAAAACGCUUCAUUCAUAUCAAGCGCCGAAAUCAUGCCUGAAUUUGAUUUGAAUUUGACCAUGGUUCAAAAUCUCACCAUGGCCUCCACCAUUGAAGCACCUUCUGAACUCCACUCAUACGGCGUCUUGGUGUUUGUAGCUUGCGUGUGGAUCAUCGUAGCUGUAUUGGGUAUUACGGGUAACACUAUGGUGAUCCUAGCGGCGAUUCUUAGCAAGCAUGUCCGGACGACGACUAAUGUUCUAGUUGUCAACUUGAGUGUUGCUGAUCUGUGGACUUGCUUGUCCCUGCCUUGGUCAAGCGUGGCUUUGCUGAGUAAUGGUACCUGGCCUCUUACUAGCAGGAUCCCGUGCCAAAUAGCGGCGUUCAUGUGGCACACCGGUCUGGGAGCCAGCCUGUACAACUUGGCUUUCAUUGCGUUGAAUCGUCUUGUCAAGAUAACUUGCCCAUUGGCCACCUAUAAUUGCAUCUUCUCACCUCGCAAGAUGGUCUUCAUUGUAGCUCUCCCAUGGCUCAUCCCAAUCUUCGUUGUCACCUUUCCACUUACUAUCGGUGUAGGUCGCUUAGGUCUUGAUCUCAGAGACGAUACCUGCACAGAUGAUGACUUGCAUCCUCGCGCUGAUGACUACAACCUGGCCCAAACCAUCGGAUUCUACCCCAUCCCUAUGACCACUGUCAUCGUUAGCUAUGUCAUCAUCUAUGUCCAUGUCAGGCGACACUUUACAAAACAACUCUCUCAGACUAAGAGCAAAGACACAGCUUCAGAUGCCGUAGACCCCAGUGAUGGUAUGGCAUCCAUGUCAAUGAGUACUUCAGCUGAGGUUAUUGAGGAGCGCGACGAACAUCAAGGUGAGGAAAGAAUGCGCAGAAUCAGCCAUCAGCAGCUCAAGAUAACUAAGAAUCUCUUCGGGGUCUUCUGCGCGUUCACGCUCUGCAUCUCGCCGUACUUCAUCUCGCUGUUCUUUGCUAACAGUGACGUGUUUGCUCUCUUCGGCGCUACCAUCUUGGUCUUCAACAGUUGUGUUAAUCCUAUCAUCUACGGAGCGAAACACCCGCAGUUCAAGAAGGUACUCCGGCCGAUGCUGCUGUGUAGGUGGAAGAAAAUACCACAGCCGUCUAAGACGCUGAAAGCGAUCCUCUCAAUGCGCCAGAGAGAAAACAAAUCUUGAACACAUUUUGCUUGCUUGGUUAACACCACGCAUGGGACAGUAAUUUUGACGCGGCUAAGUAGACGUAGUUGCAUGCUAAGCAGCUCUGUGUACCAAGGAGCUUGGCUUGUGAUAUAUAGCUGUUA